GUAUUUCAUUUUAGAGAAAAUGAUGAUAAUCCUAGGCGUAGCGAUCUGUCAUCUGUGGUGUAGAAAUUGGAGGUGUGGUUGGUGUUUGUAAAAAAAUUUCAAACUUCCGAUGUGCUCAAAAUGUGUAAAAUAAUCCCUAGUGUUCGUUACAGUGCAGUUGUUUUGUUUAAGUGAACGUUUUCAGUUUGAAGAUGUUUUGAUGUGCGCUUUUAGUUAGGUUAUGCUUGGAUGAGCGUUUCUGGUCGUUGUAAUUGGAAUUACACACGUUAGACGGGGCUGUUGAGAUGAGCAGUUGGGCAGCAAGGAUGCACAGGCGAGCUGCCACAUUCAGCAACGUGGUCACGUCCUGUGGCCACCCUUCCGGGCCCUACCCUCGGAGGCUGGAGAAAGUCAAGUUCGGGGUACCUCUCGAAGAAGUCUGCAAAAACGACAUUCCGGGACCACUUCUUGUGUUGAUUUUAAAAUUGAAUAAGGAGGCCCCUUAUCGCAAAGACGUAUUUAGGGCCCCUGGACAUCAAGGUGCAAUGAAGAAACUGAUCCACUUUCUUCAGACUGGUAGACUAGUUAAUAUGGAUAAUUUCAGUGUGUAUACAAUUGCUAGUGUUUUAAAAAAAUUUCUUCGGAAGAUACCAGGAGGAGUAUUCGGCAGGGACAUAGAACAACGGUUUUUCCAAGUUCUUGAUAAAUCAGACGAUAGAGAACAACGAAUGGAAAUUGAAACCAUAAUAACUUCACUGCCAGUUUACACGCAAAGAUUGUUAGUUUUGCUCUUCGGUACGUUUAGAGUGAUUGCGUGUAACAGUGAGAAAGCUGGCACUGGGAUGACGAGUGAAGCUCUUGGUGUUAGCGUUGCUCCAAGUUUUUUUCAUUCCUGCGUAAGCGACGGAAAAGCAGCGAGGAUGGAAGAUGUUAAGAAAUUUAAGGCCGAAGUGGACGUAGCUUCACGUGUCGUAAAGCUCCUUAUAGAACAAUUUUCCACGUCGUAUCUUUUUGGUAAAGAUAAUUACGAAUUUUAUUCUCGAGUGACCGGGCGAGUUUUGCGAGUCCAAGGCGAAUGGAUCUGUUCAUUUCAAUAUCCACCACCAACAACGAAAGGUUCCGUUCAACAGCAAAUUUAUGCGAAUGAGUGCGGGACUUUGGAGCGCUAUCUUCUCGGUCAUUUGUCUUUGGGAACAGAAACAUGGCUUCUCUGUGAAAGUGACCGCUGGCACGCAAAUUAUGGUUUAGAAGAUUAUCAUUUUUCAGCAAUGGCACAAGUAGAAGAAUGCCAGUCAACUCCAGCUUUACUGGAAUCGAGCAUUCAACCUCAAGUUAGUUCCACUUCUUUAGGAAUGAUCGCAGAGCACAGUCUUUUAGAGUCUUGUACACGUCUGUCGAUAUCUUUGGAACAAAAUGGAUUAUUUCAGGGUAAUAACACAUCACACUCAUCUAGCGCUACUCACUCAUCACGUAACAGUCAGAAUUAUUCCGGACCAAAGAUGACACUUGAGGAACUCAGAGCUGUCAAUAGAUACGCAGAAAGCACAAGAAGCUUGAGUUACCUUCCUCAGGUUCACGAACGACAGACUGAACGAAUGAAAACGCGUUCUCAGUGGUUCUUAGCGCCAUCUGUUGAAUGCUCUAGUUGUGGAGGGUCUCUUGACCUCCCACUGAACGAAGCAGACGUUUCGGCUUUAACCAAUGCCCUUCUAAGGCGUUCCUCAUCAGGCACUAUAGUCGGCAUAGCUGGUCUCUCCCUGAGUGCCGAGUCCGUUCAGAAAAGGCCGAGUAUUCGACGGUCAAACUCUCGUGAUAAACGACACUAUCUCCAUCGAUCAGCUAGUCGAAGAAACAAAGAGAAUGGUUCCAGGUCCAAUAGCUUUAAGGGUCGCAGUGAUAGGAAAGGCUCUAAUUCCCGUUCAAGUAGUUUCAAGAUUAAGUGCGAAAACAUAUCAAGAUCGUGCAGUUUCAAGACCAAGACUGAGCUGUGCACUUGUCCAGGCGGUGAUAUUACAGAUGACAGUAAUGCUGGUACUCCUACUGCCAAAAAAAAUGAAACAAUCUGUGUAACUUUAACGUAUAAGCCUCGUAUUUAAAUCGGCUUCAGAAAUCCGAAUAGGAAAUUCAAUAAAAUCGUACGCUUAUUAAAAUUAAUAUUAUAGAAAUGUUUUACAAACUAUAGGAAAUGUGUUACAAUUGACGAUUUAUACUGGUUUAAAGUGGUUUCAGAUUUAAAGGUUUUUCGGGCACCACUUGCAGUUAAAAUCCGAAUUGGGAUUUUAAGGCAUUCAUAUUUCAUGAUUUCUGCAAUAAUGUUGCUUGCAUUACCUGCCAUAUUUUUUGUAUUAUCUAUUAUUACAUAGCCGCAAACGGACGGCAGCUAUUCUAAUUACUGUGACGUCAAAAUCACUAAUGAGCAAAAAUGUGGCAGUUAAAUGCAACUUUUCACAUAUCAGUUUAGAAUUUACUGUAAAAUUUGUUUCUGAUUGCUCAUUAUUACGCAUCAUUUAAAUUUAAAAUCACGCGAACCAGUUAUUAAUUUAAACUAAUUGUGACGUGGAAUUCGUUAAAGUGUAAGUAGAAACAUUCGAGCCUUACGACUGAAUUAUGACGCGACUGUUGCAUAUUAACAUCACUAUGUUACAGCUACGUUAAUUCAAUAUUAAAGUACAAAAGAUGUUGAGUCUUAAGUAUUAUUUUGUGUGUUAUGUUUGUUUAAUGUUACGGUAAAAUAAUUGAAAGGUACAUUCCAAUUUGUACAUUUUGCCUAAGUAUUUGGUGUUAUUUAUUACUUUUUUAUUUGUGUUUGGAUAUUAUUUCUGUGUACUGCUUUGGGUAUUUUGCGCACUAUUCAGUGUUGAUAUUGAAGAAGAGAAUUUUACUAUUUGUUGCUUACUAUAAGUGUUAGUACCCAAUUAUUAUAAACACCAAACAGAGUACUGGCUCUCUAAAAUAGUUACUUUGGUAAAACUUGAAAUGUCUUGGAAGUACAACGUUCAUUUAAGUAUUUUUAUACACAUUAAUACUGAUUUUAUACAUGUUUUAUAUCUCUUUCGAUUUCUACAUAAUCUUAUCGAAUUGAUAUCUUUUUGUUACAUUCCUUGUCAUGUCUGUUCAGUUUGUAAUAAAGCCAGUGUAAAGUGCAUCAUUUCGGUAAGUUCCAGAAAUCGGAAGUUAACAGAGAAAACAUUAGGUAAAGUAUAAAAGAUUCGGUACCUGCACAUUUAUUCUGUUAAAAUACCAAAGAUUAGAAUGAUGCAUUGUAAUUAUCUGCAUUUAUUUUCAAUUCACCAAUUGCCAAAUGAAUACCAAAUUUUAUAUGUAACGAUCUCCCUUUAUCAGAUUUUGUGUUCGGGAAGUUGCACGCUGCACUUCGUUAAUGUUUUAUGUAUUUUUUUUAUAUUAAAUAAAUAGCAUGAAUUUUU